AUGUGGCUGAAGCCCGAGGAGGUGCUGCUGAAAAAUGCCCUCAAGCUGUGGGUGCAGGAGCGCUCCAACCAGUACUUCGUGCUGCAGAGGCGGCGGGGCUACGGCGAGGAGGGCGGAGGCGGGCUGGCAGGUCUUCUCGUGGGAACAUUAGAUGCGGUGUUGGAUUCUACAUCGAAAGUUGCGCCAUUUCGCAUCCUGCAUCAGACACCAGACUCUCAAGUCUACUGGUCCAUUGCAUGCGGAUCCAGCAGAGAAGAAAUAACAGAACACUGGGACUGGUUAGAACACAAUGUUAUGAAGACUUUAUCAGUAUUUGAUUCAAAUGAAGAUAUUACGAGCUUUGUCCAGGGAAAGAUAAGGGGUUUGAUUGCUGAAGAGGGAAAAGGUUCUUUUGUGAAAGAAGAAGAUCCUGAGAAGUUUCGUGAAGGUCUUAUGAAGUUUGAAAAGUGUUUUGGAUUACCGGAGCAGGAAAAGUUGGUUACCUAUUACUCAUGCAGUUAUUGGAAGGGCAGAGUGCCCUGUCAAGGAUGGCUUUAUCUUAGUACCAACUUCCUUAGCUUUUACUCUUUUUUGCUGGGAGCAGAAAUAAAACUUAUUAUCUCCUGGGAUGAAAUAUCAAAACUUGAGAAAACUUCCAAUGUGAUUCUGACAGAGAACAUUCAUGUGGGCUCCCGUGGGGAAGAUCACUAUUUUUCCAUGUUUUUGCACAUUAGUGAAACGUUCCUUCUCAUGGAGCAGCUGGCAAACUAUGCUGUUAGGAGACUUUUUGACAAGGAGACAUUUGAAAAUGACCUAGUCCUUCAUGACCCCCUGCAGAUCACCAAGAGAGGCCUAGAGAGCCGUGCCCACAGUGAGCAGUUUAGUGCAUUCUUCAGGCUACCCAAAGAAGAGACCUUGAAGGAAGUUCAUGAGUGCUUCUUAUGGGUUCCUUUCAGUCAUUACAACACCCAUGGGAAAAUGUGUAUUUCAGAAAACUACAUCUGCUUUGCUAGCCAGGAUGGCAGCCUGUGCAGUGUAAUCAUUCCAUUGAGAGAGGUCACAGGGGUGGAUAAGACAGAUCCAGCCAACAGAGGAGUCAGCAUUAGUACCAAAGGAAAAACAGCUUUUCGUUUCACGGAGGUUAGAGAUUUUGAACAGCUUGUGGCAAAGCUCAGAAUGAAAUGCAAUGCAACUUCAAGUCCACAACACACCAUAAAUACAGAGGCUGCAGUUAGUUCUGCCUCUGACAGUCCAAAGGAUUUUGAUGUGGGACCAUCAAAGAUGGGUCAGAGAGAUAACAGCAAAACUGUCAGUACAGAAGCCCUAAUGACUGUCUACCAUCCUCAGGAUGCUGAGAAUCUAGACUCUAAAAUGUUGAAAGAAAAAAUGAAAGAACAGUCCUGGAACAUCCUCUUUGUUGAACGGGGACAUGGUGUCAGUAUGUUUCGAACAAAGAAGACUCGAGACCUAGUUGUAAGAGGGAUCCCGGAGGCAUUAAGAGGAGAGCUCUGGCUACUCUUCUCAGGUGCUGUAAAUGAUAUGGCGUCCAACCCUGGUUAUUACACUGAGUUGGUGGAAAAGUCCUUAGGAACGUGCACUUUAGCUACUGAUGAAAUUGAACGAGAUUUACGUCGCUCCUUACCUGAGCAUCCUGCUUUUCAAAGUGACACAGGAAUUUCUGCACUCAGGAGAGUUCUUACAGCUUAUGCAUACAGGAAUCCCCAAAUUGGAUACUGUCAGGCAAUGAAUAUUUUGACAUCAGUACUUCUGUUGUAUGCUAAAGAGGAGGAAGCAUUCUGGCUUUUGGUUGCUGUGUGUGAAAGGAUGCUACCCGAUUAUUUCAAUCGCCGAAUCAUUGGUGCCUUGGUAGAUCAGGCAGUGUUUGAGGAGCUCAUCAGGGUUCACCUGCCUCAGUUGACAGACCACAUGACGGACAUGACUUUUUUCUCCUCGGUCUCUCUCUCCUGGUUCCUUACCCUUUUUAUCAGUGUGCUGCCUAUUGAAAGUGCAGUCAAUGUGGUGGACUGUUUCUUCUAUGAUGGAAUAAAGGCAAUCUUGCAGCUGGGUCUCGCAGUGCUGGAAUACAACAUGGAGAAGUUGCUGACUUGUAAGGAUGAUGCAGAAGCAGUCACUGUUCUCAACAGAUUUUUUGACAGUGUCACUAACAAAGACAGUCCUUUGCCUCCAGCUGUGCAGCAGGGCUCCAACCUCAGCGAUACAAAGAGUGACCAUCCGAAAGUGGACAUUACUGAUUUGAUCCGAGAGUCAAAUGAAAGAUACGGUGAUAUUCGAUAUGAGGAUGUUGAGAGCAUGCGCUGCAGCAACAGGCUUUAUGUGAUCCAGACAUUAGAAGCUACGACCAAGCAGAAUGUGCUACGUGUCGUGUCCCAGGACGUAAAAUUCAGUCCUAGUGAUCUUGAAGAGCUAUAUGAAUUAUUCAAGAAGGAGCACUUUCUUUCCUGUUACUGGAAUGUAAAUAGUCCUGCCUUGCAACACCAUGAUGCCAGUCUGCCAUAUCUUGACCAGUAUCGGAUUGAUUGCCAGCAGUUCAGGGUCCUCUGUGAUCUCUUGAGCCCCUGGUCACACUGUGCAAACAGAGACUCACUUGCAUUGUGGACAUUCAGACUGAUGGAUGAGAGCUCCGACUGCCUUAUAAACUUCAAACAAUUUGCCUGUGUUCUUGAUACCAUGUAUAAUGGAAGUUUCACUGACAAACUCAAGCUUCUUUUUAAGUUGCACAUCCCUCCAGCUUUUACUGAAGUAGAAUCUCUAAGUCCUUCCAAAGGUGGUGAUCUUUCAAAAGAAGAAAUGAUCCACUUCAGCCAACUCAGUGUUUCAGCUGUGGGGGAUAGUCUUGAAAGCGAUUCUUUGAAGAGCAGCCCUGAAAAAGUAGGGAAGGGGAGGAUUGAUAUUCAGGCAUAUCUAAAGCAAUGGCAAGAUGAACUUCUUAAAAAAGAAGAAAACAUUAAGGAUUUGCCAAGAAUGAAUCAGUCUCAGUUCAUCCAGUUCUCAAAAACUCUGUACAAUCUGUUCCAUGGGGAUCCUGAGGAGGAACUGUUAUAUCGGGCUAUAGCGGUGGUUACCAGCCUCCUGCUGAAAAUGGAAGAAGUUGGGAGAAGACUGCAGAGUCCCACAUCACCAGUCAAAAGUCCAGUUGUCGUUAUGGAGGUGCCUGCUGAAAUCCCCAGAAAAGGGCAGGAGGAGAGCAGCUCUGAGCAGACUGAAGGCAGCAGAACACAGAGUUUGAGAGGGAACCAUGAAUGGUCUUUUGCCUUUGAACAGAUUCUGGCAUCUUUAUUAAAUGAGCCAGCCUUUGUAAGAUUUUUUGAGAAACCUCAUGACAUAAAAGUUAAAAUAGAGAGUGCUAAAAAUUUACAACUUAAAGCAAGAACCAGAGUGUAGUUUUCUUUACCUUUGACUCUGAAUUAAGCACAUAAAGUGCUUACAAAUGAAGGUUGUUACUACGGAAAUUGAGUCUGGUGUUUACAUAGGGAAUGGAGUUUGAAGAGUUAGCUUUAAAUAUCAGAUUCCUGGUAUGUAAUGUAAAUAAAAAUAGUUUGAAGCACAAUCACUUUCUUGCAUUGUUCAUAAGUUUCACUCCAAAACAUGAUUCAAUAAUAAACUUUCUUUACCAUGUUAUUAAAAUAUGCAACAUUGCCUGGAUAUACUGGAUGUGACCUAUUGCAAACCUAUCUGAAUGACAACUGUUACAGUGUGUGCUCUCCAGGUUCAUUUCUAUUACUGUGAUAAAAGGAAUGACUUCCAGCCAUUUUCACUUAAAAGGAGUUAUCGACAGCUUAGAGGUUGUCUUCCAGUUUAGUUUAAUUAGUUAUUUCCAAACUUGUGUGUGUGAACUGGGAUCAAAGCAGGGUGAAGACUAAGAAUAGAGGCUAUGGUAGGCACAAGAGCAUGAGGUUAGAGAAGAAAGUUGACCUGCUCUCAAUUCCUCCACUUUGGUGUUACCAAUGGUCCUGGACUCUUGCAGAUUCCAGCCCCUCGUUGGCAGUUUGCAGACUGCAUUCUCUCAGCCCACGUCUCAGUUUUUGCAGCAAGCAACUGGUUUCCUUCUUUUUUAGCUCAGUCUAUAUAUGAGUUCUCUUUCCCAUUUUCAUACCAAUUGUCCUACAAUACAGGUGAAAAGGAUGGAAGCUUGCUUGGUCAUCCAGGCUGCACACGGAUGCAAAAGCUAGUAUAGGUUGGUGAAAUCAAGGGAAAGCAGUGGCUAAAUCUGUCUGACCACGUGGUGGUUGUCAUUCAUCUUGCAAGAGGAGCCAUUGUUGGCUGCUUAGGAACAUGUUGAUGAAAUGUAUAGUUUUGUUUGUGGUUGGAAAGCCCCAGCACAGACCAUCUUUAGCUGCAUGCUGACUAUUGAACUGCUAGGGACAGAUUGCAAUUGCUCCUUCGCCUACCCUGAGUCCACACCUCAACCUAGUAAUUAUUCUUUAUUAUUUUCUAUAGCUUUCUGGAUUAUUGCUGCUGUAAUAUUUUCUAUCUGCCAGGAUUCAUGGCAACAAGAAAAUCCUCUGGAAUCUGACUUGAAAUUUUUAAUAUGUAAAAAAUGAUACAGUAAGAUCCUGUGGAGGCAAGCUCUGCCAGUGUUAAUGCUGGUAAAUGUUGACCUUGAACCUUCGGUAGCUCAUGCUAGAAUGGGUUUAGAGAAAGAGGGGAAGAGCUUGUAUUUUAACAACAACAAAGUAAACUGGGACUCUCUGCUAAAGUAGUUAAAAAUAGCUGUAUCUAAAGCCUGUAUGACAAUCUUUCUCUGCAGAGCAGUAUUAUUUUUAUACUGUGCAUGUUUUUUGUAAAGAAGCAGAAUGGGGAUGCUAUCAUUCACUGGGGCUUUUCUUGCAAUACUCAUAUGAAUAAAAAAUAAAAUGAAAUUCUGAUUUGUGUUACAAGCACUUGGUGAAAUGCCAUCAUUGCAAUUGGUGUGAAAGUUCCCAUGCUGCUUCUAAAGAAUACAGUUUUGAUCAGGAGCAAUGAAUUUAUGAAUUAGUUCUUCUACUCUUCCUCUAGACUCUCAGGUAUUAAUGUAAAAUAAAGUUUUAUUGAAUAAACAGUAACUCCAAAACCUGCAUCAUCUAUGUGAGGAAUGAGGAAGCUUUUUUCAGAAGCCUUCACAAAGUAAUUGCACUUGACACAACAUAAUACUGAUUUGUAUUUUUAUGCAUAAAAUAUAAAAACUAAUUUAUCCAUUCAUACGGAUAUGUUUCUGAGGCAAAGUAGGGCAACACUGUGUUACUUUUAAAAUGUAUUUACUCACUGUUUUCCUAAUGUUGUUUUAGAAAUACAAAGCAGAUGAUGUUGUUGUUCUAGUCCAGGACGUACUCAGAUAAGGUUUGCUCAGUGAGUAAUUCUUCUGCAAAUAGCUGUGCUGAAAUUAAUGGAGCCCUGUGAAAAUAGAUGCAGCUGCCCAUUGUUAAUUUCAAGUCGUAGUCAAAGCUAUGAUCUGUUUGCUAAGCAAGGUAGCACAGAGAUAUGAAAGUCUUCAAAUUCAAUGAUCUUUUUUGGUUGAGAGCCAAGAUAUUAAGGCCCAAGUACAGAAGACUCUACUGAAGAAAUCUGCAAAAUACACUGGCCUUGUGAUAUUACUUGGCUUGGUUAUGCUUAACUGAGUACCUUUUUAAAAUACCAUUUUCUAUUAGUGUCAGUCCAAGAGACUGUAGAGCCAUUACCAAUUAUGUAGUAGCUUUUGUCAGCUAUCCUAUCUAUGUAUAAAGAGAGAUUACCAGCACAUACAUAUAUAUAUAUAUAUAUAUUAAAAAAAAUAGAUUUAAGGUGAGAAGUUAGGAUAUGUAGGGGAACACUAACUUUUAUUAACCACAUGGAUUUUCCGUUCAAUUUCUUUGUAUUUUUUCCCAAAAAGGGUAAUGUCUUUCAAUCGUUCCUGUAAUACACCUGCAGGUUGAUCCAGCAAGACUAGUCAGAGUGGCCAGGCAUCCAG